AAAGCGUCCUUAAACGUGGGCUGUUGUGUAAUCCUUCCCAGGGCCCCUUUGCUAUUUUUGUGCCUGGGUCCGCACGUCACGGUUGGGUAUUUUCUCUGGUGACUAGCUCGCAUCAAUAGAUCUUCUAAUGUACACCCAGUCAGCGAGCAGCUUCGUGACUGAUGGGACUUUACCUUGCUAAUUUCUUUUCACUCUUGUCUCCCUGACACGAGGAGAAUGGACAAACGGACUAUGCAGCAUGAGGAAUGUCACAUGUGACUGCCGAUAUGGGGACAGGGGACUAUUCAAAUGUCAGAUGACCCUUCCCUGCAAUACGCAUACAUGUUACUAACACUAGAGUUACAGAACAGAUAUCUUUGAAAAUUGAUCGCAAAGGAAGGGACAUUGGAUUCAUGGAGUCACUUGAAACUACUGCAGGGGUGAAAAGCUCCACUGAGUGUCAGGACACAAAUGCUGCACAGACAAGGGGCAUAUCAGAGGCCACACAGAUAAAGAGAAGCUCAUCAGCAGAAGUAGAGGGAAAAGGCUGGCAGCAACAGCUAGAAGAAGCUCAGAACAGAGCCACGUGUAGUUUCGAAGACAUGUCUGACUCAGGGAAACCUCUACAAUUAGAAGAUCAGCUCCCCCAAGCCCAGUCCACAAGCCAUCCAGACUGUGAGGGGUCUCCAUAUCCAGCACAGUCCUCAAAGCCGUUUUCUGCUGGCAGGCAGAAACUGUCUGCACAGUUACCUGGUCCGGCAGCUCACAGGAAAUCCCCAGCCACACUUGAAGUCCAGCCGCAGUGUUCCCAGUCAGGGAUCGAUUCGCUGCUGGAGGUGACGUCUAAGGUGGAGCAGAAAUCACAAAAACUAGGGAAGUAUGUGUGUGAUUACUGCGGAAGGGCAUGUGCCAAACCCAGCGUGCUCAAGAAACAUAUUCGCUCCCACACGGGAGAGCGACCCUACCCAUGCGUCCCCUGUGGGUUCUCCUUCAAAACCAAGAGCAACCUAUACAAACACCGAAAGUCCCACGCUCACUCGGUCAAAGCUGGAACAGUGCCAUUCUCAGAACUCGGUUCUUACAAUGCCAAUACAGACCAGGGGUCUUUUGAAGGGGAAGGAGAGUUAUUCUCUGAUGCUGAGCAAAGCACGGACACGGAUGAGGACACUCUUAAUGACCCGCUGCUGCUGCUGGACUCGCCAAUGGAAGGAUCAGAUAACACUGCUGUAAAAGUACUAAAUCUCAUUGCUCAGAAAAAGGGAGCCACGACAAUGUCAGCUCAGGAUGGUUCAUCCCAGCCCCAAGAAAUCAAUGCCCCUCCUGCCACAGCCGAGGCUAGUCGUGCAAUUCAAUCUUGCACGAUCAAACAGAGGCUGGCGCUCCGGCUGUCCGAAAAAAGAAGCAGCGACUCCGAGCACAAUCUGUCACUCCCGAGCCAGUCCAGCAAGGGCAGCACGGACUCCGGCUACUUUUCGCGCUCGGAGAGCUCCGAGCACCAGACCGGCCCCCCAAACACCAAUGCAAAGUCCUAUCAGGAAAUCAUGUUCGGAAAGUGCUACCGGCCCAGCCCCAAGCAGGCGACGGCUUUUGCGGGGGGCAGCACGGACUCGGGCGAUUACGCCGAGAAAUGCCCGGAAAAAGGCGUGUCCCGGGUUUUCACCCAAGAGAAAGACACGGUGGAGUCCAUCAAAAUUAAUACAAAGUCCCUCGCAAGGGAGGAGAUCCAAGAAUCGCAGUUAGACGUGGGCUCCGACUUGGGGCCUCUGGUCAGAAGCAACUCGAUGCCGACGUCUUCAGCGGCGUGUCUGACUAUGCCCCAAGCCUUCAGAGGCAGCCACUCAUUUGAUGAGAGGACGAGCACCGGGGGCAUGAGGAGACUCAGACGGCAAGCUGCUUUUGAGCUCUCCGCGCACGAUGGCCACACAGACGGUGACAGCCAUGGAAAGAUGAGCGAAAGCGCUAUCCCCCCCUCAGGACCUGAGGCGGAAAACUACCCCUCUGUGGCUCAAUGUGUGAGCCACCAGAAGCAUGCAAUGGAACUGGCGACACGGAAGCGUCGCAAAGAGAAAAGGGAGGACGAGGACUUGCCGGGUCAAUAUGAGAGCCAUCAAGAGCAGUGCGAGGACAUGUUUGAUUCAAGCAAGGACUACGACUUAAAACAGGCUGCAAUGGGUAUCAUAGCUUUAGGGAGAGGGCAUUUGGAUAAGUGUGACAUGGACAUAUCAAUGAGCCCUGAAACUUCAGUUCGAAAAACUUUAGGGAAUGUCAUUUCUGUCAUCCAGCACACAAACUCCAUAAACAGGCCCCACUCUGAAAAGUCAGAAUCUUACAAAUAUCAUGGUCAGAGGUUGGAAAGUAUGUCUUCAUUUCAAGGAAUGGACAGAGGGGAAUCUUUUGAGAUGGAACAUGACAGUGGAAUAGGGCAGUCAGUUCAACUGGGGCCAAAACUUGUGAGGCAGCCCAACAUACAAGUCCCAGAAAUCAGGGUCACCGUUGAGCCUGACAGCCCAGAAAAAGCUCCGGAAGUGCAGGUAAAAGAGCCGGAGAAGCAUGUAGAGGAGUUUCAGUGGCCUCAAAGGAGCGAAACCUUAGCACAAUUCCCCCCAGAGAAGCUCCCGCCAAAGAAGAAAAGGCUUCGCUUAGCUGAUAUCGAGCACUCCUCUGGCGAAUCUAGCUUUGAGUCCGCCUGCACUAGUCUCUCCCGCAGCCCGAGCCAGGACAGCAACCUGUCUUACAGCUCCACUUUUUCCUUUGACAGGGAGGAAAGCUUGAAAUCGGUCUCUCCAGCCAGGCAGGAUGAAUUUGGCAGACCACUUGAGCUCUUAGCCGUGCCGGGGAGUGGGCACUCACUCUCUCUGCUCAGCCAGCGUCAGCAGCAUGAAAUGAGACGCUCCUCCUCUGAGCAGGCACCUUGUAACUUGCGCAAGGAGUUCCCAGAGGUACGCAGCAUAUCAUUUGACUAUGGCAGCCUUUCCCCAACAUCCAAAGUUAGACACGUGGACGUCGGUGCUGUGAAGGAGAGACGAAGGGGAAACUUGGUGCGGCAGGAGUCACUGAAUAUGGAUACUGAAGCCUCAUCCCAAGUCUUUCCGCAGCACCUCAGCAGCAUCUCCCCUCCGUUCACGGUCGCCACGGUUUUGCCGCAUGGUUUGCCGAUAUUCUCUACCGGAAAUGCAUUUCCCCAGCUCCCACAUCCGAGCCUAUUGGUCCCCGUCAGAAUCCAGACCAACGUGCCGUCUCUUGGCAGUAUCACCUACACAUCGGUGUCGCAGAUUUUCGACAAUCAGUAUGGCGGUGUGAGCUCCCCCGCGUCCGUCCCUCAGAGCCAGACUUCACGUUUGUCAGGUCACCCUGAUCCGCAUACCGCGCUGGCCUGCACCAAACCGCCUUCAGCUCACGCCAUCACCGUCGAAGCCCUCGAUUUGUCAUCCGCGAAGCUCAAGACGGGCAUCCCUCUGUCUCUGACGUCCAGAACGAUCUCAACCACCAACGCCUCCAGCGGCGGCGCAAACAAACGGAUGCUGUCCCCCGCCAGCAGCCUCGACCUGUUCAUGGAGGUCAAGCAGCAGAAGCGAGUCAAGGAGGAGAGGAUGUUCGGGCAGAUUGUUGAGGAGCUGAGCGCCGUGGAGCUGGGGAAAUGCCAUUUGAACGAGGAGAAGGGGGGCAGGUCAGAGGUGGUGGAUUCGCCUCAUGCUAAGGGCGACGCAUGCAGGGCUGCGUUCAUUACGCUUUAUCAGAAAGUGACCGAAGCCGUUGAACGCGGUGUGGAGACUGAAAUGGAAAGCAGCUCCCUGGCAGCCAAGUCGCCGCCAUACUCCGCGCUAGCAGCCAACGACGUGAAAGAACGAGCGCAGAUGGAUGUGGCGGCGCAGCUAGCCGCCGGUCAGGACACCCUGAUCUCAGACGCCGAGCCUUCGGGAACCCUAUCCCAGUUUCCGAGCCUUCGCACAACAACAGGUGUGAGCUGGUGUUAUCUCAACUACACCAAACCGAGUUGCUCCCAAAGCAACGCCCCCUUUGCCUCUGUGUACGCCGCCUGGUGCGUGAGUUCCCACAAUCCCAACCCCCCCGAUCUGAGCACCAGCGCUGCCCUGGCACUGGUGCGGUCCAGACAGAGGGGAGACAAGGUUAUAUACACCGUGGCCGCCAUGUGUCAGCCUGGCACGGGGAAGCUCGUCUCAUCCCUCAUCCUCUGGAGACAGAGCAUGGAACAACUACAGAGGAAACCAGAGCCCAUAGAGGUGGACAUCAGCUACGGGAAGAAAGUGAAAGACAUCAGUUGCAGGAUGAAAACUGCCAAGGAGGAGUGGAGAGAAAGGGAGGCCUCCACAACUCAGGCAGUGCCAACACGAAUUAAGAUCUUCGAGGGAGGGUACAAGUCCAAUGAGGACUACGUGUAUGUCAGAGGUCGAGGCCGAGGGAAAUACAUCUGUGAGGAGUGUGGAAUCCGCUGCAAGAAGCCAAGCAUGCUGAAAAAGCACAUCAGGACCCAUACAGAUGUGCGACCCUACAUCUGCAGGGUUUGCAACUUUGCUUUCAAAACUAAAGGGAACCUUACUAAGCAUAUGAAGUCAAAGGCUCACAUGAAGAAAUGUCUUGAACUGGGAGUGUCGGUGACAAUGGAUGAGACGGAGAUACAGGAACACGUGGACGACAUCCAGCGAGAGACAAAGACAGAGGUGACAUCCACCACCAAGCACCAGUUCUCAGAUGCUGACGACUCCGACGGCAUGGACGAAGACGCCGAUGACAUCGAAGAGGACGAGGAGGAGGAUGACGAAUACGAGGGGGACUCCACCCCGAAGCUGGGUUCGAGAAGCACGAGUCCCCAGCCAUGCGGAGUUACCUCUUUGUCAGUUACAGCCACCGCCGCCAUCCACGGCUGCUCCCUCACCACUCUGCCCGGGGCCGACAUCCGCCAGAGGUCCUCCAGCAAGCGGACCAGCUCCGACCAUCAGGCUCUCCUCACGGCCGAACACAGGGAGAAGUCUGUGGACGAAGACUCCCUCACUAUGCUGUCCCCAGACCAGACCAGCCUCCUCUUCGACCCUUACUCUUCAAGUCUACUCUCUCCUGGCUGGGAGUCUCCCAUCAGGGAGCCUUCUCCCUCGCGUCUACGCUAUCCAUCUCCGAGGCGGGAGAUCUCCCCAAGGGGCCGCUCGUCUCCACGAUGGGAUACCUCUCCACUGAGGCCCGCCUCACCCAGUUUCAAGUCCAUCCAGCACCCCUCCCCGAUCACAAUGGAACGACCCAUGUCUCCUGGAACGGAGAUCGCUGGGAAGCGAGAAUCUUCGGUGAGGGGCAGGCAGAGGGUUGUGCUGAGGGCCGUGUCACCACGCAGAGGCUCACACCAACACAAAGGCAGCGGAGAUAAAAGCAGACACCAGGCAAAGAUGGAGAUGGUUCAGCAGCAAGGAGCCUUUGAAAUGGAAAUGGAUCAGAAGAGCGGCUUGGCUUCAGCUCUGCCGGGUUCUGCCAGUUCUCAUCACCAGAACGUCCUCAGCCACCUCCCUCUCCACUCCCAGCAGCAGGCCCACAGUUUGCUCCCCGUCGUCCCUGUCGGAGGGCUCCGGAUGCUGCCCUCCCCACCUUCCCCAAACAACGAUGUCAGCCCGUCCCCGGCGCUGAGCCCCCAGAGCGGGGAAAGCCAGCGCUGCAGCAGCAGAGAGGGCUCCGUCCACAGCGCCGAGACCGGAGCGGAGGAGGCGGACGGCCGUCCGGCCACGCAGGAGAACAUCUCAGACUCCAGUGUCAGGGACCCCAGGCAGGAGGAGAGCGUCCAGACCUGCUUGAAAGCCAUCGCCUCCCUGAAGAUUACCACAGAAGACCCUCAUUAAAACACCUUUUUAUCUAACUUUGGCUUGAUUAAGAAAAAAAAAGAUGCCGCCUUGCUCUAUUCGCAGCCAUCAUCAGCCCUUUAGGCACAUAGCUACGUCUUUACCCCGUCUGAGGCAAUAUGAUAACACCGUCUGGUCAUCAAACCUCAACAGGAGGAGGAAGAGACCCGACCCUCGUCUGACGUGCUCCUCUCCUCAGAGGCCCUUUGAGACUAAAGAACAAGCAGCAGUAGGUUUCGCAAGGUGAAGAAUCAUUAUUGGGUGCAGGUGCAAUAUGGAAAGAUAAUAUGCUAAUAUGCCUUUGUUUGACAUAGUAGUUUGCGUACAAUUGCACAUAAAUUAUAUUUAUGGAUCCUGUACAAAUGUCCUUAACAUGUAAUCCUUCUUAGAUGCAUACAAACAGUGUAUUUUACUGUGUGUGUACUUUGAAAAAUAGACUGUUGUUUAUGUAAUCAAUACAAGGUGUGAUGCAGUAGUGCAGUAACUAAAGACUAUUUAUAAGGGGAAAUGUGUGUGUUAUUAUGAAUCAGUCUGACCAAAUUUUAAGUAGACGCUUCUCGUGCAGUUUGGUGCUUCUGAUCAAGCAGCAAGAGUAUGUGCCUUUUGUUUUUAUUUGAGUUUUCUUCUUCUCUUGUUUUGGUGCGCUCCUCUUCGUUUCUUUAUCAGCAGCUGAGUGUGGAUGGGGCUGG